AGAAGACAAAGGGUGUUUGCAAGUUGCAACAGUAUGCAAGACCAAUCAAACAUCAGCCCGAUCUCUCUGUCUCUUCUUUCUUUCAUAAGAGCGUCGUCGAUGGGGAAGAUUAUCAGUUGUGGGUUUUUGACAUAUAGUGGAAUACGGUUGAAAAUAAGGGCCAAGGUCCCACGUACAAAAAAGAAGAGGCGGCCUUGAAAUUUAGCCGCCCCCUCCCCCCAAACUCGAUUCUGAUUCUCAAUCUUCAAUCAGCAACAAGAAAUCCCGUCUGUCCUUUCGAUUCCUCUCCGUUCUUCACUUCUUCUUUCAGACUGAUUGUCGGACGGAUAGCAGUGCAUGCGAGGCAUAUGGUGAAGAAAGAAUAGGGGUUUCUUUAUGUCGUAUAAUAAUUCUUGCGGGUGACUAUGCUUUCAAAUGAUUUGGAUCAGUGAUUCCCUGCAGAAUCUGUAAAAGUUGGUGGUGAGUUCCUUCCAGAUCAUGAUAACUGUUUAUUCAGCUUGUUGAUGACUUCCGGCACGUCAAUUUAGUAAUUCGUCAGAGCAGGCUAAUCUAUAAAGAUGGUUUUAGCUAGGACAAAAAUUGCCAGCCCAUAAGUAGUAAAUAUAUCGCAUUAUGGGUUGGCUAACCAAGAUUCUUAAAGGCUCCAGCCACAAAAUCCCAGAAGGGCAUUAUAACAGCAAGCAUGAUGAGGACAUAAUUUGGGAAGGAGCGGAUGCACGAUCAGAUUUUGAUAAUGAAGAUAUUGAUCGUGCUAUUGCACUUUCCCUCUCAGAAGAAGACCAGAAGGGGAAAAAAGUAAUUGAUAAUGAGUCUCAUUUGGAGGAAGAUGAACAACUUGCCAAGGCGAUUCAAGAGAGUCUUAAUUUGAGCUCUCCAGAAUCUCCAACCCAUACUCCAGCAUCUCCACCCCAUACUCCACCACGAUAUAAUUAUGGAAAUCUGUUUCAACCUUAUCCAUACUUCUAUCCAGCUGGUCACAGUCUCUGUGCCGGUUGCAAUGCUGAAAUUGGUCAUGGACGAUUUCUGAGUUGCUUGGGAGCUGUUUGGCAUCCAGAAUGUUUCCGGUGUCAUGCUUGCAAUCUACCCAUUUCUGAUUAUGAGUUUUCCAUGUCGGAUAAUCACCCUUACCAUAAAUCCUGCUAUAAGGAGAAGCAUCACCCAAGGUGUGAUGUUUGCAAGAACUUUAUCCCAAUGAAUGCAGCUGGUCUUAUUGAGUAUAGGGCACACCCUUUUUGGUCACAAAAAUACUGCCCCUCGCAUGAACGUGAUGGGACUCCCCGGUGUUGCAGCUGUGAAAGAAUGGAGCAAACAGACACAACAUAUCUGUUGCUUGAAGAUGGUCGGAAGCUAUGUUUGGAGUGUCUUGACUCGGCAAUAAUGCAUACACAUGAAUGCCAACCUCUUUACCUUGAAAUACAGGAUUUUUAUGAAGGUUUAAAUAUGAAAGUGGAGCAGCAAGUUCCAUUACUUCUGGUUGAGAGGCAGGCUCUAAACGAAGCAAUGGAAGGAGAAAAAAAUGGUCAUCAUCACUUGCCUGAAACAAGAGGGCUUUGCCUAUCAGAAGAACAAACUGUUAGCACUAUUUCAAGGAAACCAAGGAUUGGGACUUCGCGGAUCAUAGACAUGUUUACCGAACCUUGUAAACUAAUCCGGCAAUGUGAAGUGACAGCUAUUCUGGUUUUGUAUGGUCUCCCCAGGUUGUUGACUGGGUCAAUCCUAGCUCACGAGAUGAUGCAUGCAUGGCUGCGGCUCAAAGGUUAUGCCAACCUACCUCCGGAUGUUGAAGAAGGUAUCUGCCAAGUGUUAGCUCAUAUGUGGUUGGAUUCUGAGAUUGUGGCUGGUUCAGGAAGUAAUGUUGCUUCAACUUCAUCAUCAGCUUCGUCUUCUUCAUCUUCCUCUGGUUCCUCAUCAAAGAAGGGCAAACGUUCUCAAUUUGAGAAGAAACUUGGUGAGUAUUUUAAACACCAGAUAGAAACGGAUGCUUCUGCAGCUUACGGAGAAGGGUUUAGAGCUGGUAAUAAAGCUGUGCUCAAGCACGGCCUCAGGAUCACUCUUGACCAUAUUGAUCUGACUAGAAGUUUUCCUUACUGAACUGAGAAAGGCUCUCCUUGCUGUCUCCCGUCACAGAGAUAAUAAUUCUGGCCCUUUCAUAUUAGUUCCAUAGGGACCAAAACCUGCAAUAGAGAACAUCAUAAUGCUAAAUAUAUAACAGAACCCUAGGUUCGGUGUUAAAAGUGAUUGUGAAUUUGUCUUCCCUUAAAUAUUUGGCUCCGCAUCGUUAAGACUUCUUGACAUAGAGGAGGAAAUAAACAAAAAACAAAUAAAUACUAUGAGUAUAUGGAUUUAUUCUUUA